AUGGCGUGUAGGGGGUUUUUGGAGUGCCUAUUGAAGCUCCUGAACUUUUUGUUGACUCUUGUGGGUCUGGCCAUGGUGGGUUAUGGGAUCUACCUGUUUGUGGAGUUCAAAAGUGCAUCUUCUGAUGAUACAACUCCGGCACCAUCAAGUGAGGGGUUUGUGCAGCUUGGUCGGCCCAUGCUUAUGGUCUUGUCUCUUUCAAGCAGCAGCAUUUUCGAUAACCUACCCAAAGCUUGGUUUAUCUAUUUAUUUAUUGGUCUUGGUGUAAUGCUCUUCGUUGUAUCCUGUUUUGGGUGCAUUGGAACAGCAAUGAAGAAUGGAUGCUGCCUGACUUGUGUAUCCUACACUUCAAUGGUUGUCACAGUGGUUGCUCUUAUUUCCAUAUCACCAGAGUCAUGA